AUGAAGACAACCACUAUCUCAGGUAGCGAUGUCGAAGACCGAACAUUAAUCAAUGCCUGGCCUUCGCAGCCACGCACAUUAAAGAGGUCAAUUGGGUCGCACACCAUCCGCGCAACCUUCGAUGUGUUCGCUGUCCUUGCUUCGAUCCCGUUCCUUGUCCUCGCUGGCAUCGCCAUUAAUCGCCACAAUAAGGAGGUUAAAGAUGAUGACUGGAGACGCAUUCAAAGGGGCAUGAGCGCCGCAGUCACUGCAUUCCCAAUUUUGUUUGCCGCAGUUACCGGUCGCAUGACACGGGCAGUUGCAACCUGGCGCUUGGAGCGAGGUGCACCAUUGGGGUCUCUGGAGCAGUUGUUCUGGAGCAAUACCAUUAUAAGCGCAAUUACUACCCAAAUCUUUAUGAAGUCGUUCAACCUCCUGGGUCUAGGACUGAUUGUUCUAUGGGCGCUGUCGCCACUUGGUGGCCAGUCCUCCCUACACAUCAUUGAUACUGAGCGGGAUGCUCGCGUUUCGUCAGUCAAUGUCACGUACUUGAGUUCCCAGUUUCCGUCUGAGUUCAGCACAGGUUCCGAUAUACAGUCCGGCGUUUCGCAGCUUAAUGCCAUCUAUUUGUCCUCUCUUCUUUCGCCGCAGUCAAGUAAGGAGUCGACCAUGGAUAUAUGGGGAAACGUGAAGAUUCCGGCGAUAUCUGGACUUGACCGCCCUGUUAACAGCUCUGGUUGGCGAGACGUGAAGAAUCACACCAGCCUCACAUAUACAUCUCUGCUGGGCGUCCCUUUCCAGGGCUUGGAGGCGGGUUCAAACACAACGUUUCAAAUUGAGACGUCUUAUCUUGACAUCGAUUGCUAUGACCUGCAGCGCAAAGAGGGCUUAAUCCCUUUCUCACCUCCCACAAUCAAUAAAACAGUCGAGGGAGCGUUUCUAGGGACCAAUGGCAGUGAAGGGUGCUCAGUCGACCGAUGUUCACCGUCUUGGAGUCUAGGCAUAAACCAAUACGUCACUAACUAUCCAUACUGGUCUAGCGAGCGAUACGAUUCUACCCUCGCAUACUGCCACAUCAACCAGAUCUACGUCGAAGUCUUCAUUACAUGCAUCGGCACCGGCAGCCCCACACUACAAUGCGCCGUGGCAGCGAUGCGAGACAGUCUCCGUCCGCACCCAGCCCGCGACGUCACCCCAUUUAUCUUCCCGGCACUCAUAACUAACUUCGCCAAGAACCUGGUAGUCGCUGGAUCCGGACACGCCGGAACAAACACAUUGACGGAGAGGUUUAUCAACGACCCAGCCAAUCCACUUGCCGCCGACGUCAAAGACAAUCCACUUUUCAAGCUACCAAAGCAGGAAUUUUCUGAACGUCUCACCCAGAUCAUCAACACGUACUAUCUCGGUAGUAUUUCUACAAUGGCAAUAACCGGGAAUAUGUCCGCAGCGAGUGACAGGAAACGCGAUCCCGGCCCCUUCGUCCGCUUCGCCAACGGCACACUGGUAACGUGGGAGCCAUAUCGAUAUGUAGUUAGUCCGGGCUGGAUGACUGUGUUUGUUGUGUCGUCAGUCGUCAUGCUAGUGGCUGCCAUGUACACGGCGGUCAUCAUGCAUAUCACUAAUAUUCCGGAUAUCUUGGGAUACGUUUCUACAUUGACAAGGGAUAACGAACACUCUUCCUUUCCUCAUGGAGGCUCGAUGCUUGAUGGUUUAGAGAGGUCGCAUUUGCUCAAGGACAUGCCGGUUAGACUAGGCGAUGUGCGAGCGGGGGAACCAAAUGGCUACCUUGCGCUUACGGGGUCUGGGCUGGCUCAAAGGGCUGAAAGAGAUCGUCUAUAUGAGUAA